CAUUUGUCAUUUUUGACGGUCUUGGAAAAGGACUCCUUGGAAAUGAUUCUGUCCCUUUAAACGGUAGGCGUGGCCUCCUUACUGUCCUCCGCCUCUUAUGUAAAUCACAGCCUCUCCUUCUUUCCGUGAUAUAGCGCAGCAUUCGGUUUGUAUCCAUAGCUAACUCUAUCCUAACCAAGUCACGGCUUGUGGGAGGUAUAAGCCUAGUAGUCUACUUUCUCAUACAGUUUGGUGCGCAGGAAUCAAAUAGUGAGCAUUCAACCGGAAGCAACAGCUAAUUAUAGCGAGAGUAAUUUACUGCAAGAAGCUUCAGUUUCGCGGUGUUGGUCAGGCUACUCAUUAUAGGAAUUAACGAAGAAGACGCAAAGACGCUCCUUCGAUUUCACCAACGCGUAAGGGAGUACAUUUUUAUAUUCCCUUGUCUGGACGGAAGACUUCUAUUUGUAGACUAACGCCCACUAAUAGAAGACAGCCUCCAUCGCAGUGUUUCGGAAGUUUGGGUUGUAAAUACGCCUGUUGGUAAUUUAUUGAGGCUAGAUUUUGACCAGUAUUUCCUCUCUUCCUUGUCAAUGCUUUGUGAGAACGGGUGGUCGUCUACCGUAAAAAACGUAAGGCUAUUGAUAACGGAGAUAAGUGAACAGUUGAAGAGUGCGCUCCCACGCCUGCCCUGACCUCUAGAUGCCGGGUAUAAACUCCGACCCUCACUAUGAGUCCGGCUGGGAGAUGGAGUACGACCGCUAUCAACAUUACUUCUACGACGACCACGAUCCGGACGAGGAUUUCUUUAAAUCCACUGCGCCCAGCGAGGACAUAUGGAAGAAAUUCGAGCUAGUACCGACCCCGCCCAUGUCCCCUAUCCGGACUUUGGAGGGGGCAGCCGGGGUCGGGAUGGUCUGCCCUUCGCUGGGGGACAAACUCGAGUGGGUGUCCCAGUUUUUGGGUCAAGAGGACGAUCAGGAUGUGCCGUGUAAACUCAGUUCCGCCGAAGAGGCUUUUGGUAACCUGAGCUCCAUUAUCAUCCAGGACUGCAUGUGGAGCAGCUUCUCGGCGGGUAAACAGCUGGAGAAAGUUGUCGGGGAGCGACACGCUUCCUGUCCCGGGUCGGGGUCGACCAAACCGGCCCCGCAGCAGGUCGGAGCUGGCAUCAACACCACCGGGAGGGCGCAGUGUGUGACGAUGCCCAUGGACACGCCGGUUCCGGUUCUCAGUAGCUUGGCAACGGAUUGCGUGGACCCGGCUGCUGUUCUCACCUUCCCCCUGACCGGAGGACCGUUCAAGAAACCUGCGGUGUCCUCCGGUUCGGAAUCCCCCACAGACUCAUCAGAUGAUGAAUCCAGUGAUGAUGAUGAGGAGGAGGAGGAUGAAGAGGAGAUUGAUGUGGUGACUGUGGAACACCGGCAGUACAAGCCCCGGCGGCUGGCCAACGGCGGGCUGAACGUGCGGACGCCGGUGACCAUCGUGGUCGGAGUGGACCCUGUGGACCCGUGUAUGAAACACUUCCAUGUCUCUAUCCACCAACAGCAGCAUAACUACGCAGCUCCUUCCCCCGACACACACAAACAUCCCCCCAGGAAGAGGGUCCGACACGAGCCCCCCAGGAAGAGGGUCCGACACGAGCCCCCAAACUCUUCUCAUAACUUCUCAAACUCAUCUCACACCCAGCCACACCCAGGCCCCGCCUCAACCAAUCAGAACUCUGAGAGCAAACCACCUCACGUCGCAGUAGCAACGGCCGGUUCGGAGUCAACUGACGCCAACACACUCAUCCUUGCCUCCUCCCCCUCGAACUCUCCCCCAUCCUUCUCCUCCCACCACCUCUCCCCCUUGAAGUCAUACUCCCACUGCUCCCACCCCUGCAGCCCCCAGUCCUCCGACUGUGAGGACACGGACAAACGCAAGACUCACAACUUCCUGGAACGUAAACGACGCAACGACCUGCGUUCUCGUUUCCUGGCGCUGCGGGACAACAUCCCUGGCUUGGCAGAGUGCCCCAAGACGCCCAAGGUGGCCAUACUGAUACGUGCCACAGAGUACCUGGCGCAGCUGCAUUCUAGCGAGCGCCAGCGGGCACAGGAGAAACGGCAGCUGAAGGCCAGACGGCAGCAGCUACUCCGCAGGCUGGCACAGCUCAAACAAUGCCCCUGAACUCACUGACUCACUGACUGACUGGCAGGCUGGCAAAGCUCAAACAACAGCCCUGAACGUACUGGCAUACUGACUGGCAGCGACCUCUAGUCGACAGAAACCAGGACUAAAUGAAAACCAACUCUCACUAACUGGCAGGCUGGCAAGGAGAGAAGCCUAAGUAAUAUGCUUUGCUGAACCCUAUAUUAUAAACCAGGACUGAAUCAAAACCAGGGAUGGAUCUCAACCCUAUAUUAUAAACCAGGACUGAAUCAAAACCAGGGAUGGAUCUCAACCCUAUAUUAUAAACCAGGACUGAGUCAAAACCAGGGAUGGACCGGAGAGGAUUUUCUUGCUCUCGUUGGCCCAAUCCCAAAUGGAUCUCUUUAACCCUAUUCUUAAGUGGUUCAAGACCAGCAAGGACAACAAUGAUCAAGGGAAAGGACAUUAUGGGUAGUGUUGGGACGGGGUCGGGAACACACACACACACACACACACACACACACACACACACACACACACACACACACACACACACACACACACACACACACACACACACACACAGGAUGAGAUUAAGGAGCAAAGACACAAACGUUCACUUUGGGGAGUGGGUUAUAAUGUGGUGUUCGGGUUAUUUCUGUUGUUUGCACAUUUGCUUCAGAGUGAUUGACAGAGCAAUCAUCUGGUCAGGAAGGACAGUAAACCUGAUGUCACGUGAUUAUGGUUUUGUUAUUUGGGUGGGGGGGUGGGGGGGGUUCUGGGCUGGCAUUUUAUCUCCCUGUUAUAUCUACCAGAUUUAAUAAAGUAUGUAAAUAUUUAAUGUUAAUUCAUUUGUUGAUGAGAAGUUAUCAUGGCAUGUAGGCAGUGUGAGAUUUGAUUGUUAUGCAUGUGUAAAGAAUUAUUAUUAUUAUUAAGAUUAUCCCUCGCUACAGCCACAACGGCUCACAUUUAGUUGAUGUUGCCAUGAGAACAUCUUGAAAUUAUAAUCCCAAACUAAAUACAUUUUGAUCAACUCUGAAACUCAACAAUAUAUUUAUACUUUCAGUGCCAUUUUGAAGCUACCAGUCCAGUGACUAAUCCAUUAUUCUAUUGAUCAACAUGUUAGCCAUUUGCAAACAAUGGCAGUUUUAUUUGAAACUGACAGGAAAUGGAACAUCUGCUUGUCUAUCUUGACGUCGCCCCUAUAAUAUUUGCCAACCGUGCAUCUUAUUUCCUGUUAUUGUCUAAGACUGUAUGGUAUCAUGAGUGGAUCCAUCGAUUGUGCAUUAUGUCCAGAUUAGCCUGGCAAUGUACAUAGACUGUCGUGUGUGUGUGUGUGUGUGUGUGUGUGCGUGCGUGCAUGUCUCACUGUGUUACAUACUAGUAUCCUUCUGUACAGUCCCUAAUGAACCAAAACCAGAGCUUUCAGAUUUCGACCUAUUUUCUUUCCUGUUUCCUGACACUGGCUUAACUCGAAUCUCAAAAUGCUUAUAUUUUUGUUAGUAAAAAGGUUAAAUAAAUAAACAUUCAAAUAAUAACACUA